AUGGUGCUCGGUGCAAGAAAACCCCCGUCCCGGAAGGGCUCCUUCGCGGACAUGCCAACGGAUUUGAAGGCUCAGAUCGACCGGCUAGAGGAGCUUUUUAUGGUUUCUACCGAAAAGCUGAAGCACAUCUCAGACCACUUCGUCAGUGAGCUGAAGAAGGGCUUGUCGAAGGAGGGAGGCAGCAUCGUGGGUCGCAUCCAAUUUAAUAACGGGCACGAUCGACUAAUUUUGGCAGCCUAUGAUUCCUACCUGGUGUAUGGCCUUCCCCGAUGGCCACGAAAGGGGCAGCUACCUCGCGUUGGACAUGGGCGGUACAAACUUGCGAGUCUGUGA